GCAAGAUAGAAAACAUUUCGUUGAUCAGCUGUACGUCGUAAAAUUAAAUCGUGGACCUACUUAUGUUCCACCAUAUCAAAUGUCUGUCUCAUCAUUAUAUGCAUCCAUGGAAGAGAUCAUUCAAAAACAAUAUAAAUCAUUACAACAUGAUUUAAAUAUUCUAUUUAGUAAAUGUGAAGUAAAUGUAGCUCUAUCUAUGUUUAUCAGAAAUGAAAUUAAAAAACUAUUUACUAACAUCUUUUCGAUUUCAUUACCAACUUCUCUUCGUGAACGUGCCCUCUAUGAAAAACAAUUGGUACAAUCUAUUCGUGAACAUUUGAAAGCCAACGAUUUAAUUUUACGACGUACAGCUGAUCAACGAAAUGUUUUCUAUCUUGCCAAUAAAACUGAAUUUGAAGAGAAAUCAAAUGAAUAUAUGAUCAAAAUGGAUACGUUUAAAUUAUGUCAUAUUAUCGAUAAAGAAAAUCUUCAAGGCACACGUGAUUAUCUAACAACAAAAAUGAAAUCAAUGAAUGAGCAAUUACAAACCAUCUUUUCUGAUAAAAAAUAUAAAGAUAUAUUAAAAAAACUAUUCAUUACUAUUGAUAAAGUACAAUUACCAUAUUUAUACUUUUUACCUAAUGUAUCACUAAAAUCAAAUGAACUAUCCAUACAACCCAUUGUAGUAGCACAACGCAGUGCCACAGCUCGAUUAGCUUACUUUUUAGAGCAACUAUUACGACCUAUUAUUCUACGACAACUUGAAACGACCACAUUUCAGAGUGGAGCUGAUUUUAUUCGAAAAUUAAAUGAUUAUCUAGAACAAUCUGGACAUGCUCUUCGUCCGACAACUAAUUUUGUGACUAUCAUUAUUUCAAAUUUUUAUUCAAUGGUCGAUCAUGAUACUAUGCUUCUGGCACUUCAAGAUUUUUUAAUGGAUCCUUGCACUAUGCCAACUAUACAAAAUAUAUCGAUUGGCAAAGUUUUUCGGUUAACUACUUUAUUUCUACGUCAUAAUCUAUUUUAUUAUGAUCAUAAAAUCUAUCGUUUUAUCAAAGGUAGUCCAACCAAUUUUCCAAUCAUGGAAACUUUAGCAACCAUGUAUAUACUACCAUGGUUACGAUCAUUAUUUAGACAAUCUGUAUUAGAAAAAGAAUUUUAUGGCCGGUAA